AUGAGUACUCGUAAGAGUAAGUUUAUUUUGUUCGCCACCUUUUUAUACAUCCUCAAACAUUGUAGCAGCCAAAUGACCACAAUAGUUGGCCAUCGAGGGUGUGGCACCAGUGAAGCGGGGGGGACUUCCCCUUACCCGGAGAACUCACUGCACGCAUUUAAGAAAGCAGUGGAUGAGAACAUUGAUGGAAUCGAAUUAGAUGUAUGGCUGACCAAAGACAAAGAAAUUGUGGUUAUCCACGGCACGGAGGAUGGGCUGUUGGGCCACACCUUACUGUACGAUGAAGAUUCGAAAGAGAAGCACAUAGAAGAAUUAACAGCUGAGGAGAUUCAGAGCUAUCAUUUUAAAGAACCGUGGAUCUUAACCAAGGGCAGGCAAUUUUACCAGCAGGGUUACACCGCGUCAGGUGUACCCAGUGUCGAAAUGGGAAACGUGGCAAAUCACCAUGCGGAGAGGGAAGCCAGAAUUGACCAAAACGAGAAGCUUUCCAAUUGCAGCAGCGGGCAUUACCAAGAUGGUCAUUCCCACGGACCCUGUGUCAACACCCUCGUGAAAAAUCAAGAGGGAAAUGCAAAAUUCGCUACCCUCAGUGGAGCCGAAAAACUAAAAAAAAUAAUGGAAUAUGCAGAUUACAAGCGGCCCUACAUAAAUAUGGAUCAGAAUGAUGAAGUGGAAAAGAUGCUUAACGAAAGUUCCCUGCAGGAUUUGUUUCCAGAGGAGGGGGAGCAGCAAUCCCAGGAGGAAGAACAAUCGGAGGGGAAGCAGCAACUGAUGGAGGAACAAUUCAUGAACUCCAUAAAGUGCAAUUUCUGCAAAGAUCUCUACACAGGCUAUAUAAUGAAAAAAAAUUACAACUUCAGGAAAAAAAAAAAGCUAUUCAUAUUUCUCUCAAAAUUUUAUCAUGUGCCGCUCCUAAAAGAUCUAUUAAAUGUGUAUAAGGACAAACUAACUUACGACAUUGAGCUGAAGGGAACAAAAGAAGAUUUGGGCAUCCACCUACUGGACAUAUUGGAGAAUUACAAAAAAUAUAAAAUCAAAUUUAGCUCAUUCAAUUGGGUAUUGCAGGAUGGACAGAUGAAAAAAGAAAGUGAAGAGAAAAAAAGUGUGGAAAAUUCUCUUCGAGAAAAUUCCCCUGGCGAUUUUCCACUUGGCGAUUCUCCCCCCCCUCCCAAUCUGCAACAAAUCGAUUUAUUAAAAUCUGUUCGAAAUAACAAAUUGAACAUCCCUGUCGCUUUGCUAUUUUCCGAUGAUGAAGAAAUGCCAAAUUUUGACUCCAUCCUUUCUACCAUGGGGUGGUAUAAUGCCGAGUGGGCACACUUUUCCUAUCGAUCUUUCAAACAACCAGUCGUCAUGAAUGGAAAUGAAAAAAACAAAAUCGUUACUUCCGCGAAGGACUUCUUCCAGAUGCUACAUAAUAGUAAUAAAAAAAUUAUGAUUUACUGGGGCACUCAGGAUAAGGACGAAUACGAGGACCUUCUGUUUUACAUAAAGAUGGGUGUCGACUCCAUAUGCCCUAAUAAUAUAGACACUGCCAGGCAGGCCCGUUUGGACGCUUCCUCCCCGUGA